CUGGCAGCUGUUGGCCGGCAUCGCUGCGUGAGCCGCGGGGUUGGCGUCCGUGCCCUCCGUCCUCCGCUCUCCGCCUCGUCCCGGCCCCCGCGGCUCGGCGUCGGCGCGUCAUGGUGCCAACGGCGUGACCUGCGCGGCCCCGCUGAGCCUGGGAGCGAGCGCCGGCGAGCGCGGCUCGGGUCACCAUGCCUACCCGAGUGUGUUGCUGCUGUUCUGCUUUGCGUCCUCGCUACAAACGCCUGGUGGACAACAUAUUCCCUGAAGACCCGAAAGAUGGCCUUGUUAAAGCUGACAUGGAAAAAUUGACAUUUUAUGCAGUAUCUGCUCCAGAGAAACUGGAUCGAAUUGGUUCUUACCUGGCAGAAAGGUUGAGCAGGGAUGUUGUCAGACAUCGUUCUGGGUAUGUCUUAAUUGCUAUGGAGGCAUUGGACCAGCUUCUCAUGGCUUGCCAUUCUCAAAGCAUCAAGCCAUUUGUAGAAAGCUUCCUUCAUAUGGUAGCAAAGCUGCUGGAAUCAGGGGAACCAAAGCUUCAAGUUCUUGGAACAAACUCUUUUGUCAAAUUUGCAAAUAUUGAAGAAGACACGCCAUCCUAUCACAGACGUUAUGACUUCUUUGUAUCUCGCUUCAGUGCCAUGUGUCAUUCCUGCCAUAGUGAUCCAGAUGUACGAACGGAAAUUCGAAUUGCUGGAAUCAGGGGUAUUCAAGGUGUGGUUCGCAAAACAGUCAAUGAUGAACUUCGGGCUACCAUUUGGGAACCUCAGCAUAUGGAUAAAAUUGUUCCAUCCUUGCUGUUUAACAUGCAGAAGAUAGAAGAGGUCGACAGUCGCAUAGGCCCUCCUUCUUCUCCAUCCGCAGCUGACAAAGAGGAGAAUCCCGCUGUGCUGGCCGAAAACUGUCUCAGAGAGCUGCUGGGUCGAGCGACUUUUGGGAAUAUGAAUAAUGCUGUUAGACCAGUUUUUGCGCAUUUAGAUCAUCACAAACUGUGGGAUCCCAAUGAAUUUGCAGUUCACUGCUUUAAAAUUAUAAUGUAUUCCAUUCAGUUAUUCUUCACCAUGUUGAUCCAGGAGAUUCUAGGGCACCUUGAUGCACGUAAAAAAGAUUCUCCACGAGUUCGAGCAGGUAUUAUUCAGGUUCUGUUAGAGGCUGUCGCCAUUGCUGCCAAAGGUUCCAUAGGACCCACGGUGCUGGAGGUCUUCAACACGCUCUUGAAGCACCUGCGUCUCAGUGUGGAAUUCGAAGCGAACGAUGUCCACGGGGGAUCGAUGGGCAGCGUCAGCUUAAACUCGGCCUCCAAAGACAACGACGAGAAGAUCGUGCAGAACGCCAUCAUCCAAACGAUAGGGUUCUUUGGAAGUAACCUACCAGAUUAUCAGAGGUCAGAAAUCAUGAUGUUCAUUAUGGGGAAGGUACCAGUUUUUGGAACAUCCACUCAUACUUUGGACGUCAGUCAACUAGGGGACUUGGGAACCAGGCGGAUUCAGAUCAUGUUGCUGAGAUCCUUGCUUAUGGUCACCUCUGGGUACAAAGCGAAGACGAUUGUUACUGCGCUACCUGGGUCUUUUCUGGAUCCUCUGCUGUCACCAUCCCUCAUGGAGGACUAUGAAUUGAGACAGUUAGUCUUGGAAGUGAUGCAUAACCUCAUGGAUCGCCACGACAACAGGGCAAAGCUUCGAGGGAUCAGAAUAAUACCUGAUGUAGCUGACCUAAAGAUCAAAAGAGAAAAAAUCUGUAGACAAGACACAAGUUUCAUGAAAAAGAAUGGGCAACAACUAUAUCGGCACAUAUACUUGGGCUGUAAAGAGGAAGACAACGUUCAGAAAAACUAUGAGUUACUUUAUACUUCUCUUGCUCUUAUGACAAUUGAAUUGGCCAAUGAAGAGGUGGUUAUUGAUCUCAUCCGCUUAGCCAUUGCUUUACAGGACAGCGCUAUCCUCAACGAGGACAACCUGCCCAUGUUCCACCGCUGCGGCAUCAUGGCGCUGGUGGCCGCCUACCUCAUCGUCAGCCAGAUGAUCGCCGUCCCUGCGUUUUGCCAGCAUGUUACCAAGGUCAGGUAUUGCGAAAAGCUCCUCAGCUUGGUUUUUAUACAAACAUGGCUGAUUUUCUUUUGGUGAUGAUUAAUUUCAAUUUUGAUGUUUAUGUAUCAAGUUCAGAUAAUUCUAUAGAAUUAUGCAGUGACU